AUGACUCCGUUCACGGCUGUGAGCACCGCCUCUGCCAUUCUGUCACUGAGCAAGAGGGCUUGGAAGCUUGGGAUUGCGCUUUCAAAGCUCGAUCAGGGUGCUGAACUUGUCGAUACUAUGAUCAAAGUUUUGACAGAGGAGGUCAAAUCGCUUGGGAUUGAGUGCGAUCUUGUAUACACCGAACUAGAGAUGGAUGUCAACAAGAACGGUGCAGGCUCAUCUCCGCUACUUGAUGUUGACAACAGAGUAUGGGAUUGCCUCGAAACGCAGAUAAAAGAGACCAGUCAAACAAUACAAGAGCUGGAGAUGUUCGUCGAAAGAGUGGGAAGUCAGCAGAUCGGUUUCUUCGGCCAGGCUCAGCGCCAGUGGAAGCUGGACGAAAGCCGGCAGCAGAUUAUCAGCUUCGGGAUGGUAGUAUGUAGACACACCGACAAUCUGCAUAUUAUAUCGCUGUUGAUCGAUACGAUAAUUACGCAUCUUGCACCUGGCCGAGUUGAUCAGCGGCUUUCUAAGAAGUUGGAAAGAUUACAAGUCGUGAUUGAGAAACUGCACAAAUCAUCAAGAGCCGACCCGCAGUCGCGCCUUUCACAUACUGAAGCCACUUUGAUACAAUGUGCGCGCGAAGUCAUCGCGACAGGUACGACCUUGUACGAAGCAAGUCUCUCUCCGAGGUCUUUCGCUGGAGGCCAAGAGACAGCGAGUAGCAAUAUCCGCGUCGUGGUUUGGGUGGAUACUCUGGCAUCUAUCCGUCGGGACCAGCGAUGUUUGGAGGCUUCAGACACAAUCCCAAAGAGACCAACC